AUGUCAGAUUGCGCCUUUGGUGUGAAGAUCAAGAGCUGGAUUUAUCAUCUGUUCAUAGUUGAUAGUUUGAAUGUAGGUAUAACAGUGGAUGAUAAAGCAGAUGACAUCUACACUGAUUUUGCCAGUAAGGAAGAUUUGGGAAUCGCAGAUCAAAACCAAGAACCUUAUUCUGCCAACACCCACGUUGAGUCUUCACAAGCAGCGUCAAGCAAUAACCUUGGGAAUAUCCAUGACAACAGGCUGGUCUUUUCAAAAAGUGUUUACAGCUUUGACAUCCCGGAAGAUGUAACACCAGGCACUGUGGUGGGCUUAGUAACAGCUUCUGCUCCAAAUCAGGGAGUCGAUGACAAGGUGUAUGCAAUACAAGAAGAUGAUGGGAAUGGUCUCUUUGUUAUUAAUCCAGCUACCGGAAAUUUUACACUGACACGUUCUUUAGACUUUGAGUCUGCAAAGUAUUACAUUCUCACUGUGAAAGCUGCUAAUACAGAUGGGCAAUUCAGUGUGAUUCGGGUUUACUUCAAUGUGCUGGAUAUCAAUGACAACCCUCCAGUGUUCAAUCCUGAUUCCUACAGUAUUAACAUAAUGGAAAAUGUCCCCAUUGGCACCAGUGUUUUAACCCUGAAUGUGACUGAUGCUGAUGAAGGUCUGACUGCUGCUUUGACAUUCAAGAUAAUCUCAGGGGACCGCAAUGGGCAGUUUACAGUUGACAGAAAUGCUGUGCUUAGGGUCCAAAAGGCAUUAGAUCUGGAACACCAGUCUGUUUAUACUUUAAUUGUUCAAGCUACUGACCAAGCUCAAUGUGAUUCAGUACGUUUCACAAGUAGUACAUGGAUUACAGUGAAGCUCAAUGAUGUGAAUGAUAAUGCCCCUGAGUUCAGAAUUGCAAAUACUGUCUACCUUCCAGAAGAUACUUCCAUUGCCACGGUGAUAAUGACAGUUAAAGCUGUGGAUCUGGAUAGUGGACUUAAUGGCCACGUUGAAUAUUCUCUGCAGCAAUUUACAAGGAACAAGUUUAGCAUCAAUGCAACAAGUGGGGAUCUUAGUGUCAUUGGAGAUCUUGACAGAGAACUAGCGGAAUGGGUUCCAAUAGAUGUGAUUGCUUCAGACAAAGGACAGCCAUCAUUAUCUUCUUCAAUAAGCAUUACAGUAAUCAUUACUGACAUAAAUGACAACAGUCCUGCCUUCACACAAAACACUUAUAAUGUCACAGUGGAUGAAAAUAUACCUCGUGGUUCAGAUUUACUCACAGUUUCAGCUACUGACCCCGAUGAAGAUAAAAACGGACAAGUUCGAUAUACUAUUAACAGCAAGGACUUUUACAUAGAUUCAGUCACUGGAUUAAUCUCAGUGUCUGGAAAUUUGGAUCGUGAAAAAAUCCCAGUGUAUACUUUUGUGGUGUUUGCAUUGGAUGGUGGAGAGAGUCCCAGGUCAGGAACAGCCACUGUCAAUGUUAUACUCAGAGAUUUCAAUGACUUUGCACCAAUCAUCCAGCCCAUGAGAAUGACUUUACAUCUCUUGGAGAACAUAAAUACAGUUCCACAAAUUAUAUAUCAGGUACUGGGGCGUGAUGAUGACCUGGGUUCCAACAGUAAGCUGACCUAUGAGAUUAACCGUGGAAAUGAAGAUGGCAAGUUCUCAAUCUCAGCAAAUGGAGGAAUCAGCCUAGUGCAGAGUCUAGACAGAGAAACUCGGGGAGAAUACAUGCUGUUGGUAACUGUCACAGAUGCAGGUGUUCCACCACUUACUGGCUCUGGAACAAUUAAAAUCAUUGUUGAUGACCUCAACGAUAACAGUCCUGCCUUUGAACAAAGUCAGUACACUGUAACAGUCAGUGAAGCUUCCCCCAUUGGACUAACACUUUUAACAAUCCAUGCUGUUGAUCCAGAUGCUGGAGAGAAUGGACAAAUCAGUUACUCAAUGGAAAGUGGAGAGUCUCCAUUCUCUAUUGAACCCAUCAGUGGGCGAAUUGUCACUACUUCUGAUUUGGACAGAGAAGUCCAGGCAAGUUAUACACUGAUUAUUCUAGCUACCGACAGAAAUUACAUAAAGCCAUUGUCCAGUUCAACCUCAGUGUUCGUCAUAAUAGAGGAUGUAAAUGAUGAGCCACCUCAAUUCCUGAAUGACCCAUAUGUCGCCAAUGUCCCCGCAAUUCUAAAUGAAGGUUCCAUUGUUUAUGCCGUAACAGCAAAGGAUGGAGAUGCCGGGUUAAACGCCGACCUGCGCUUUUCUUUAUCUGGUCCAAAUGCAAACAAAUUUGUUAUCGAUCCACUUAGGGGUGUGGUUUUUGCACAACAGUUAUUGAAAGGACCAAUGGAUUUUACAAUAAAUGUUCAUGUAACCGAUAUUGGAGAAGAUCCUAAAAUGGACAGCACGACUAUUACAGUGCGGUUUCAGAGCACCAAUGACUUCCCACAAUUACUUGUCGAUAAAAAAGUGCAUGUCUACCCUGAAGAUCAAGCAAUAAAUACUGUGAUUUCUAAGGUCAGUGCUUUAGGCAAAGUGAAAGGAAAUGCCAGAUCUAUUCUCUUUUAUCUUGCAGCAGGCAACUUUGAAGAUGUGUUUCAAGUCAACCAACUAACAGGAGAGUUGAUUAUAAAAAAAGCACUGGAUUUUGAGAUUGUAAAACAUUACCAGCUUUGGAUUGAAGCCAGGGAUUCAGGUUCACCACCAUUUUCUUCCUUUGCAAGAAUAGACGUCAAUGUUACAGAUGUAAAUGAUAAUUUUCCUAUAUUCAAGCAGAGCAUCUACAGAUGUGAAAUAUAUGAGAAUGUUUCAGCCAGAAAAGUUUGUAAUGUGUCUGCAGCUGAUCUGGAUUCUGGUCUGAAUGGAUUCUUAGAAUAUAGUAUUUUUGACGGAAAUGCCAAUGAUGCAUUUAAGAUCAAUAGUUCCAGUGGAGUCAUAAGAACUGCUCGGAUGUUAGACAGGGAACAGAUGGCAAUUUACACUUUAAUUGUUGAAGCAAAAGACAAAGGAAGCAACUCUAAAACAGGCACAGCAACAGUCAUCAUCUCUGUUCUAGACAAAAAUGACAAUGCUCCUCGGUUUUUCCAAAUCUUCCUUGCACACGUUGUAGAAAACGCUCCAGUGGGUUUUACCAUUGUACAAAUUACAACCACAGAUGAAGAUAUUGGCAUAAAUGCUAUUAGUACUUACAGUAUUUCAGAUCAGACAGCAAGUCUGCCAUUUGGUGUGAAUCAAAGUACUGGAGAUUUAAUUGUGACAAGGCCAUUGGAUAGAGAGACAACAGAUUGGUACAUUUUAAAGGUACAUGCCAAUGAUUCAGCAUGGGAUGUAAACACAGAUGUCACCAUAUUUGUCAUUGAUACAAAUGACAAUACACCACAGUUUACUGAGUCAUUUUACAGUCUAACUAUUCCAGAACCUAAAGAGAAAGAAAUGUUUGUUCUGCAAGUAUCUGCCACUGACCCUGACUUGGAAAGCAAUGGAAACGUUUUCUACAUCCUUCAGUCCCCAAAUGAGUUCUUCAGAGUGAAUGCAACUACUGGCGAGAUCUUCACUAAGCAGUUCAUUCCAUUUAAAAAUUCAGAUAACCCUAGCUCUGACCAAAACAAAAUUAAGUUUACUGUAAUUGCCUCUGACCAUGGUGAGCAACCAAAUCUAGUUGAGACAUCUGUGGCAAUUACUAUUGUAGCUCAUAAUGAUUAUUCACCUAUGUUUUUGCCACACAAACAGUUGACUCCAGUUCCUGUGAAUUUAGCAUUUGGCACCAAGGUGGCCAAAUUAACUGCAGUUGAUGAAGAUUUGUAUUCAAAUGGAAAAGUAGAAUAUUAUAUCACUGAAAAUAAUAGCUCAUUUCUUUUUGGCAUUGAGCAGAGUAGUGGUUGGAUUUUUGUUGCUAACUCAUUAGCUUCAAAUCUGAAUAAAAUAUUCACUGUGUCAGUAACAGCAAUUGAUGAAGGCACACCACCUCUUUCCUCCAAUACGAUAGCCAACUUUGUGAUCACUGAAGAAAAUAGAUUUACCCCACAAUUUUCUGCCCUACAAGUGAGCUUUUCUAUUCCUGAAGACUGGCCUUCUGGUUCUGUUAUUGGUGGCCUUACUGCCUCUGACGCUGACCGUGGGAUAAAUGGCCACAUAACGUACUCUAUAGUAGUGGGCAAUGAGGGAGCAUAUUUUACUAUUGGAAACACUUCUGGUGUGUUAACUUUAAUUAGGAGUUUAGAUUUUGAAAUGGAUUCUAUUUACAGUCUUCUGAUUUACGCCCAAGAUGGUGGAUGGAUUUCGAAGACUGGUUCCAUUAAUGUUGUUAUACAAGUUGAAGAUGUCAAUGACAAUCCUCCAGCAUUUUCUGGCAAUGUGUUUUUUGCAACUGUGGCAGAGAACUCGCCAUGUGGCACCACAGUCUUUAAAGUGAAUGCAACAGACAAUGACUCUGGAAUCCAUGCUGAGAUAAAUUAUGCCAUUGAGGAUGGGCAUACCGAAGUAUUUUUUAUAGAUUCACAGACUGGAAUAAUAACUGUGCAAGAAAUUUUAAAUUUUGAGCUGCAUCAUUUGUAUGAAGUUACAGUCAGAGCAUUUAACACCCAUGACGUUGAUCAAUUCAGUCUAGCUAAAGUGUAUGUUAAUGUCACAGGAGUGAAUGAAUACAUUCCACGAUUUGCUAAAACACUGUAUAAUUUUUCCAUUUCAGAGAAUGCGCUUGAAGGAACUAUUGUAGGCUGCGUGACUGCAACUGAUUGCGAUCUUGGUUCAGAUGGCAUGGUCAACUACUUACUUAUAGGAAAAAGCAAAGAGAGAGGCUUUCAGAUUAAUGAAAACACUGGGGAGCUGGUUGUCUCUGGUAACACCAAACAGCACAGGGGCAGUCAUGUUCUUCUUCGAGUGCUUGCUAAAAAUGCUGGGAGAAUACGUGGCUUUGAUGUGGAUGAAGCAAUAAUUAAUAUUACUGUCCUUGAUGAUAAUGCUGUCCCAAUUUUUAAAUCUGCUGUCUAUCAGACCCAUGUUAGAGAAGAUGCACUUGUUGGCACUUCAAUCAUAGCUCUGAUGGCUGAUGACUCAGGCACUAUUCCAGAAUGGAAUCAGUUUGAGAUUAAAAUUAAAGAUGGAAAUAAAAAUAACUCAUUUUCUAUAAAUUCUCGAACCAGUGAAGUAUUUGUUGCAUCUGCACUUGACAGGGAGGCCAUACCAUUUUAUAACAUGACCAUCAUUGCAUUUGAUAGUGGGGCCAGCCCAGCAAUAGGUAACACACAAUUGGUUAUCACAGUUGAUGAUGUUAAUGAUAAUGGUCCCACUCUUGUUAAUACUGAAGGAUAUGUAAUGGAGAACCAACCUCCUGGCACACAAUUUAUUUUCCUUAAUGCCACAGAUCUGGACUUACCCCCCAAUCAGGGGCCAUUCAGUUACCAGCUAGCAGACAAUAAUGCCAGUAGUUUUGUUACAUUGUCUCCAGCUGGUGUUUUGUCCACUAAGAAAAUGAUUGACAGAGAAGUUAUUAGUGAGUUUCAUUUAUCUAUAAUCGUGCAUGAUUCUGGAACCCCAUCAAUGUCUUCAAUGAGUAUUUUUCAUGUCCUUAUUCUGGAUCAAAAUGACAACCCUCCUCAGCCUAGAAACCUUUAUAUUCAAGUCAAUUACUAUGGUAAAUAUUUUCCUGGUGGCAGGGUAGGUAGUGUGAAGCCAGAAGAUCCAGAUGUGUCAGGUAUAUUCAACUGCAGCAUAGUAACCAAUUCCACCACCAGUUUUACUAUAGCAGCAGGAACCUGUGAACUGCAAUCUGGAAAACAGCUACAUGAAGAGGACUUCAAUCUCACAGUUAAGGCAAAUGAUGGUGUUCACAGUACUGUCUCCAGCAAUAUUUAUAUAAAAUACAGACAUUUUAACAAUGCCACAAUUGACAACAGUAUCCUUCUUCUAAUCACUCUCUCCAUUAAGGAGUUUCUAGAUAAAAAGUAUCUACAUUUGGUCAAGACUAUUGAUGACCUCCUAAGCAAAAAUUCCACAAAACUACAUAUAUUUGAAAUGAUGCCAAUGAGUGACCACGUUCUCUUGAUGACAGCUAUUAAAAAUAAUGAUGGGCAGCAUCUACCUAGAAGCACUCUAAUAGACUUUUUCACAGCUCAUAAAGAAUGGCUUAGGACUCAUAUUGGAAUCACAAUUUCUGCAGUUGCUUAUGAUCCUUGUGCAACAAACCCUUGUCACCAUGGUGCUGUCUGCACAAAGCAAACUGGCGUCAAAUCAGAGACUAUAGUUCUAGAAGGUUCAUCUGUCAUUUUUCUGAGUCACAGUCCAAUGAGGCCUUUCAACUGUAUCUGCCCAAAUGGAUACAUUGGUAAAUUGUGCCAAAUCACUUUGAACUACUGUAUAAAGUCACCUUGCCUGAACCAUGGAACGUGUGUCAACCUUCCCAAUGGAUAUAGUUGCAGAUGCCCAUUUGGUACAAGUGGGAAUGAAUGUGACGGGAGCAGCCUUGGGUUUGAAGAGCUCUCCUACAUGGAACUCCCUUCUCUUGAUCCUAGAAACAAUAUGAUUUAUGUCGAAUUUGCCACAAUGAAAGAAAAUUCCCUGCUCCUAUAUAACUACGACAACAAAGAAGGUGCAGGGGGUGAUUUUCUUGCACUGGAAAUAGUAAAUGGCAAAAUAGAAUUUUCUUAUAAUCUUGGAAGUGGAAUUGUUCGGCUGGUAACUGAUCAGCAAGUAGCAGAUGGAGAGUUUCACAAGAUUUUUGCAACUAGAAUGGGGACGACUGGAUCCCUGACAGUGGAUAAUUGCACCAACGAUCAGCCAGCGCAGUUCUGCUUUGCAAACACUCCAGGCAUAGGCACAGAGAGAACUCUGGAUUUGGAUAAAAAUAGUAUCACAUUUGGAGGAAUCAAAUCAAUUGACCCCAUACUCCUUCGUCCUGAUCAAGCAAAAACACAUGACUUCAUUGGUUGCAUUAAGGAACUUAAACUGAACAAUGUUCCUAUUGAAUUUGCUGAGGCACUAUCUUCAAAUAACAUCCUCACCAGUUGUCCUCGUUUGGACAGAGUUUGUCAGGAUAAAACGUGCCUCAAUGGAGGAGUUUGCCUGGACCGUUGGUCUUUCCACUUGUGCCAGUGCCCAGAAGGUUUUACUGGACCCCACUGUGAAAAAGCUACUUCUCCAGAUACAGCAAUAAAUCUCGAUGGACAAUUUCAUCUUGACUAUUUCAUUAAAGAAAGUUAUAAACGUGGACAACUAUUGAAGAACCACAUAAAGAGAAAACAAAAUCAAAAAGGAAAUGGGAGUACCAGUAGCAUUGAAAUACAGUUCAGAACACGCUCAUCAGAAGGAAUGCUGCUACACAUACAAGGAAGUAUAAACUAUAUCGCUGUCAAGAUUAUGGAUGGAUGGAUAAACUACAUUUCUGAUGCUGGCUCAAAAGGCGACAUUGAGCACCAUUUAGCAGAUAUCUCAGUUUCUGAUGGAAAAUGGCAUACAUUCAAAAUGGAGAGCAAUGACUUAGUCACUAGACUGAUUCUUGACAAAAAACACCUCAAAAACAUCACACAUCCCACUCAUAAAGUGGGUGGGAUUGAGUUUUCCACCUUCUCUUUGGGGCGAGCACUGGUAUCACAGUUUGAUAAUCCAAAUGAACUAGGUUUUAAAGGGUGCAUCAAAAUAUUCAAAUACAAUAAUCAGGUGAUGCCCUUUACUGGAUCGAAUGACUUAGUCGACGUACGACCAAGUGAUGUCUCAGUACAGAUUGGAUGCAGAUGGCCUAAUGCCUGUUUAAGCAACCCAUGUCCAACUGGAAUGAAGUGCAUUGAUUUAUGGUUUGCAUAUGAGUGUCUCCCAGUUGCCUGUUUUCCUGACCCUUGUAAGCAUGGUGGUACAUGUCUUUCUUCUUCAGACGGCACAUAUCAUUGCGUUUGCACACCAGAUUUUACCGGAUCUUUUUGUGACUUCUGCACAUCAAUAAUUAAUGACCAUUCAGCCUGCCAGGAAGGCAAAAUUCAAUUGCCACAAUGGAGCAUAGCGGUGAUUAUACUUGUUACUCUAGUAGUAAUUCCUCUGAUAGGUGUGUUCAUCAAAUAUCAAUGUAUUACUUUGAAAAACAAGCGAACAAAAAUGAUUGCACUGCUCCAAAAAGGCACUGAGAACAAAGCUUUUGAUGAUCAUGAUGUUGACGGCACAAAACAUUCCAGUCCUGACAAUGCUGAAAAGCAGCCAGAUAUCCUCAAGGCAGAAAAAAAUUAUCACAUUAUGGACGAAACAUUUAUUAAUGCCACAGCCAACAUGGUGCAGUAUAAGAAAUGUUAUGGCCAAUCCUAUGACUUGGAGGUCGGUGACAUUGAUAAUGCAAGCAGUUUAGCUUCUUCCGAUAUUGAUGCCAUUCAGUACCACACACAGUUCCAGAUCAACAAUGAUCAUUAUACAAAUAUAAUUCUCCCCAGAGGUAUGCAUAAUAAAUCUCAACCAUUUAUGCCCAUUGUGAAUCAAAGAAACACCCAAUCUCCUGUACAAAUAACUCCCAGUCAACAAAGUGUUCUAUGUAAAAAUCAAGUAGCAAAAGGUGGAUUUGCAAAUCAACAAUGCCCUCAAACAUGCUCAUCAGAAUGGUUCCCUUCAUCAGUUUUAUUUACAGAGCGCAAGCAUUUAAUAAAUGAUCUUUACAUGAUUGGCUAUGAAACAGAGCUUUCACGUCAUGGUCAUUUUAACACCAACAACUCAAGUGAAGGAGGUUUUGAUAAUUUGACUUUUUAUGGAGGUGAUGAGAUUGAAAGGUUGCCUGAUGCAUCAAUACUUAUGCCCCGUUCCAGACCCAACAGCAGAAUGAAACAGAUAAUCGAGAGACUUCCACUUGGCCUGACUGUGGAAGAGGUAAAAAAACUGAAUGCUCCAACAAUACAGAAAUCUGUCAAGAACACCGCUCAAAGAAUUUCACUGUCACAAGUUUCACAAAGAACGUCAGCCCAGGCAGGCCCCCCAGGCUUCCUUCCUUCCACAGAUACUUCAUCUGAUAGUGAUUCCCAUAGUUCUUUCACUUGUUCUGAGUAUAACUAUGAAAGGAAACUUUCCACAUUUAGUCGUUCGUCUGUGCACAAAUGUAAUCAACAGGAUUCAGAGAGUAAUAUUGUCGAGGAUGAUAAGAUUCUAAAUGAAUGGGAGAUUAGAUUACAAGAACAUGAAAAGAGGUAUACAUCCAACUCAUGUUUAAUGGACACUGAAAUUAUUCCUGAUGAGGAUUCAGAUAACAAUAUGAUACAGUGCAAUGAUUCCCCUGGCAAUAGAACACAUAAUUGGGAUAAUAUUUUAAACUUAGGACCAAAUUUUGAAAUAUAUGUUGAAAUUUUCAAAGACCUUGCUGAACUUCCAAGUGAACCACAGAAUGAAGAUCAAUUUUCUGUUGCUGAAGGAAGUGAUCACGAAGAACUUCUGUGA